UGUGUAGCUACUCGGUCCCGAUUGAAUCAGAAACAGAGUAAGGCAACCGAUAUGCCACGCCUUCGCAGUAGCCAACCAGGUGGAGGGGAGCAUGUUCAAGGUCGAUCUGACGAGCUCAACCAAGCAGCAGUCCCGUAAGGCUGCACAGGAGCGCAGAAACUUUCAGUUGCAGUGCCACGAGCUAAAAACAAGAGUCGAGCGUACCCUCCAAAUGGAACUUCAAACUGCGAUGGAUGAAAAGCUCGUCAAGCUCGAUGCAUUGGAAGCUGCGUUCGCGCAAGGAAAGCAUGAUGAACUGCAAGAUGAGGCGCCGAAAGAGCUUAGAAAUUUUCUCUCCGGGCUGCGCUCGCACUACAACAACGAAUGCAAAGCUUGGAUCGAGUUUUUGGACAGCACGGUGGAGGAGCUAGAGUCGCAGUGCCCGUUCGAAUACCAAGCUUGUGUUGCCCAACACAAGCCUGCGCUUCUGCACCGUCGCCGUCGUCGCUUGAUCAAAGACCACAAGCGUGAUAUCGCCGCCCAAGUGCAUCCGCAUGCCGCCUUCGCUCCGUCCACCUCCUCGACGCUUAUGCUUCCGAUCGAAAACAACGCCGUGUGCAAGGUUGAGGGCGAUGCAGGUCCAGGCGGAAGUGCGGGCUCUAUCGCGGAAGACCUGCUCAAAUGCGCUCUGAGGAUUCCUCAGGCUUGAAAAUGAGGAAGGUGGGACGCAUACGGGCAAAAACAAAGGCCACACGUUCCAAAUGAAGAUCGUGUCGAAGGAAAGCUUUGGGGAGGUUCAAGAAAAGGUAAACUCAGUCCAGCUGUGCAGUGAGCGUGUGCUAG